AUGCUGCAACAUUUUCACAGCCUGCUCAACGCAGUCUUCCCGGAUAUAAAAUUCACGAGAGAAGAAGAACAGGAGCAGCAGUUGCCCUUCCUGGAUGUGCUCGUCAGAAGAAACCUUAACGGUGAACUUGAAACGACGGUUUAUAGGAAGGCAACGAACACCACACAGCUUCUCAGUUUUCACAGCAACCAUCCGGUGGCUCACAAACGAAGCUGUGUGAAGACGCUCUUCAAACGGAUCCAAACUCAUUGCAGCAAACUGGAAGACAGAGCGCGUGAGGCCCGUUAUCUCCGCGACCAGUUUGUGCAAAAUGGCUAUCCGAGGGCAUUCAUAAGUCGCUGCCUACGCGGUCGCCACCAGAGAACUCAAACAUCAACGCCACCGACGAUAUGGCAUGCUCUGCCAUACAUCAAGGGUGUUUCAGAAGCGACCGAGCGCAUUGCUGCGGAGCUAGGGGUUGGAAUCGCACACCGCCCCAAAGCCACCAUGCGCAACAGGGUCAUGAAGAUCAAAGACCGGUUAAAACCUGAAGAGCAAUCUGGAGUAGUGUAUCGCAUUCCGUGUCAAAAUUGUCCUUGUAAUUACACAGGACAGACUGGACGCAUGCUCGGAUCGCGCAUACAUGAACAUAAGCUGGCUGUGCGGCGAGGCGACGCAUUGUCACAAGUGGCCGCCCACACCUACGAAAUGGGUCACGAGUUUGACUUCGCUGCCACCAAAAUAGUCGCCCACGCCGGAAACAAAACAGGCCGAGAAUUGAUUGAAGCCUGGGCCUCGGAUGAGAACUCGGUCAAUCGAUUUAUCGAUCUGGCGCCGGCGUACAGAGCCCUUCGUAGUCACCUCCAGUCGUGCGACGUCGGUCGAUGA